AUGUCACAACAGCCUCUGUCGUCGUCGGUGCAGCCGGCGGACAUCUACGGCGGAGAUGAGGUCUCGGCCCUGGUCCUCGACCCUGGCUACUGCAAUACCCGCGCCGGAUUUGCCGGCGAGGAAAUGCCCAAGCAGGUCAUCCCCUCCUUCUACGGCCAUGUCGACGGCCGCGACCUCUUUGGCGACGAGGUUAUUGUGCCGCGCGCCGGCUUUGAGGUGCGCAACUACAUGAAUCGCGAUAGCAUGGUUGAGGACUGGGAUGCCGCAACCCGCGUCUGGGAAUACCUGCUCGUCCAGCGACUGCAGCCUCCACGGCCGACGCCCGCCAGCAAGAACGGUCUCAAUGUCAGCGACGAUGGCGAUGUGCAGAUGGAGGACAGCGCCCCCAAUGAGGAUGCCCUCGACGCGCUAGAGAAACCGCUUACCGAGAAUCCGCUACUCAUGACAGAGGCGCCCUGGAACACUCCCAAGGCACGCGAGAAGGCAAUUGAGGUGGUUAUGGAGAACUGGGGCACGCCCGCCUUUUGGCUGAGCCGCACCCCUGUGCUGGCUGCUUUCGCCGCCGGCAAGGCCACCGCCCUCGUCAUUGAUGUCGGCGGGGCCAACACCAGCGUGACUGCCAUCCAUGAUGGCAUGGUGCUGAAGCGUUCUAUCCAGCGGUCUCCUGCCGCUGGCGUCUGGCUGAGCGGGCAAAUCCGGUCUAUGUGGAAGAGCCAAGACCCUCCAGUCAACGUUGUGCCCACCUUUAUGGUCGAGAAUAAGAAGCCUGUCGAAGCGGGCGCUCCACCCGACUGCCGUCUCCGCAACUUCGGUUUCCCCAUCCACGACUCAUUCCGCGCCUUCGAGGAGGAACGUGUGCUCACCGAGUUCAAGGAGUCCGUUGUCGAGGUCUGGCGCGGCCCGGGCAAGUACCUCAACCCGGGCAAUGAGGACUUUGCCAAGACCCAGCCCGGCCGCGUCUUCGAGUUCCCCGACGGCAGCAACCAGAUGUGGCGCGAGCAACGCUACCGAGUCGCGGAGGGCAUGUGGGACGAAACGGCAGCAUACCCGUCCCUCAACCCUGAUGAGGCGGCCAUCACCAAGGCCCAGACCAUCCCUGCGCUCAUCAAGGCCGCACUGGACGGCGUUGAUGUCGACUUGCGCCCUAACCUCCUCGGCAACGUUGUUGUUACCGGUAGCACCAGCUUGCUCAACGGUUUUAAUGACCGUCUCAAUCACGAGCUGACGAAUAUGUAUCCCGGCCUCAAAAUCAAGCUGCACGCUGCUGGCUUGACCAGCGAACGCCGUUUCGGUGCCUGGAUCGGUGGCAGCAUCCUGGCAAGCUUGGGCACCUUCCACCAGAUGUGGAUCUCGAGGAAAGAAUACGAGGAGAACGGCGCGGGUAUCGUGGAGAAGAGAUGCAAGUAA